AUGCUGGCAACCAGGAACAGAAGAAGAAAACAAACACCGAGGAAGCAGCCUAAUGUUGAAGUGAAAGGAGGUGACAAUCAGAAAACUAAUGAGCAGGUCGGGGGCUCCUGGUUCAACUCUCUACUGGAUGAGGAAGCAAAAGAAACAGAGACAAUGGAGGAUGUGGAGGAAGCAGAAGCAAAAACAGAAACAACAACCCAGCAAGAACAGGUUUCAGUGACCAGAACACAAGGAAAGACACAAGUGAAACAAGCGAAAAAGACACCGAAAGAGAAGUCCAAAAAUGACAAAGAUGAAGAGAACCCUAAGCAACAUCGGACACCGCAAGAAAACAAUCAGAAGCAGAGUAACAAAUCAAGGAGGGAAAACCAGAAGGCGUCCCCAGAAGCUUCCCUCCCCCUAACCAAAACAACCGAAGCCACAACUUCGACUACCUCAUCCUUAUCCACAACCCCUAAACAAGGAAGUGGAGACAAGAAGAGGAACGGAGAUACCAGCACUGAUCCGAACCAGGGGAGGAUGCUGAUGUCUUCGCCCAGGCAGAAGGGUGUGACUAAGGUUAAGAAGCCACCUGAUGAGGCAGUUAAGGGUGAUAAGGCAAAGCAAAAUGCUCCAAAAUCCCACCAUGACUGCCAGACCCAGAGAACGGCCAAUGAUCAACAGAGUGAAGGGAUGGAAACUCCAAAACAUGGAUUGGGGGAGGACACCACUAUCUGGGGACUUGAACAGGACGGACGAUUCAGGCUGAAGUCGGCCUACCUGCUUGCUGCGAACGAGAUUGACAUGAUGGAUGAUCAGGGCUGGAAGGAGCUGUGGAAGUGGAGUGGACCAAGCAGAGUGAAGCACUUCCUCUGGCUGGUCAUGCACAACAGGCUGCUCACCAACCACGAAAGAACGAUUAGAAAAAUGACAAAUGAUGGCAGCUGCAAGGCCUGCAACGAUGGUUUGGAAACAAUUGAGCACAUCCUGAGGAAGUGCAAAAAAACAGAGGGAGUCAGACAUUUCUUCAGAAUCGGACAACAUGUCCAUGAUACAAGAAAUUUCAAACAGUGGAUGAUGGAGAACCUGAAUGAUGCUGAGAAAGGAAUUGAAUUUGGUAUCAUGUGUUGGAUGAUUUGGAAGCAAAGAAAUGAGGAGACUUUGGAUGGGAAAAAGUUCUCCGAAACAGGGCUCAUUAGCAAGAUUGUCUCCUGGAUUCGAGUGUACCAGCAAGCAAAGAUUAACGAGGAGAGGAGCAUUCUAUCACCAAGGAAUCAGCUCAUCUCCACCCCCAUUACGUGGAAGCCACCAAGGGAGAACUGGGUCCAAAUCCAAACUGACGGAUCAGUUCUUCAAAGUUCAGGGAAGGCGGCGGCGGGAGGGCUCAUUCGUGAUCAUCUCGGCAGGUGUCUUGACGCUUUCAUCUGUAACUUAGGAAACUGCACGAUCACCAUGGCCGAACUUAAAGGCGCUGAAAUUGGACUACAAAGAGCGUGGGACAAAGGGUACCGAAAGGUUGAGCUCAACCUCGACUCUAUGACGGCGAUCAGUAUCAUGAAGAACAACAAAGACACGGAUCAUCGUUAUGGACUCAUUGCUGCUCGCAUUGGAACUCUGCUGGAUUUUGAAUGGGAUGUCAAGGUGUCCCAUGUAUAUAGAGAAAGUAAUUACGCUGCCGAUUUCUUGGCAAGCAAGGGCCAUUCGGCCAAUUUUGGUACACAUCCAUUCGAUGUGUACGAUCCUAGUUUUUGUAACUGGUUGAUGUAUGACUCCAUGGCCAUCUCCAUGGAUCGUUCUAUUAAUGUUAUGAAUUAG